AGCUUGUAGACGUCUCAUUUAAAAUAUAUGAACAUUUUUUAACCCUCUUAUGUACUGCAAUUAAAUUAAGUUGUUCUCGUUUUUAGGGUAAAUUUUGAAAUUCUGUGUUUUUCUUAAGGUUUUCCAAAAUCCUUUCUCUGUCUGGUCAUAUUGUUCGCAAUUGAAACCCUAAUUUAAUAUGGCAUAACUUUCAUGUGGUUUAUUUCUCUAUAAUGUAGUAGAGGACAAUUUUGUAUUUUAGACCUUAAAGAAGCAUAGCUCUAAAGAAUUGAGGUUUAAAUUUCAUUACGUUGGAUGAAUUCAAUAUAGCCCACAAGUUAUGUGCAGUAUUUCCCUUUUUUGUUGCAAUAAAAUUGUAAAUCUUUAAGGACGGUGCGAGUCCUGAAUGGGAAUGUCGAACCUUGAACCUCGAUACACGUUAAGAAAAGUAGUCAUUCCUGUUUGUUAUUUGAAUUGUUAACCAACAUAAAUUGGAAUCCCUGGCAUGGCGUACUAAUUUCGAGUGUCAACUGCUCCAGACGGUUACGCAACGCUUUUAAAUUCACUGGCGCUGAUGGAGGAAGUGCACCCGAACCGAUUGAAUUGCUCAGAUGCUUCCUCGACAGCGGGCUGCCCAAAAGUCGGUGACCAAUGUAAGCCCAACAGGUUUCGCCCGUAGUAGCCAUCCAUAGUUUUCCACAUCCACGUCCCAUUUUUGGCCCGAAAAGGAAAAGUGGUUCACCCGCGAAACCGGACUUCAAGCAGGGCUGGGCAAUUAAACUACUUGUGGUACUAGGAGGUGCGUAAAAAGUUUUAGGCACUGAACAAAUUUGAAGUAAAUAUUUGCAUUUUAAAAUACUACUACUUCAAAAUUCUGGGGAUGGUCGUUUUCAUGUUUAUGUGGGGGGAAUAUUUAACAUUUUAAAUUAAAGUAAUAAUUAGGUAUGAAAAUCAUGUUUAGUUCUUGGUAGAAUCCUCCGUUGCUAAAAUUGACUAUUCGGAGAGUCCACCUACCCUUAUUUUUCACCGUGUAUCGGUUCAUCCACCGCCGAACGCGCGCGCUUCCGUUGUGUUGGAUUUCGCCGCCUUCCUCUUUCCUAUGGAAGGAGGGAGAUAUAUAAGAGGCUGCUCCGCCCAGAGACUUCACAAUAUAAAGUCAGUCAUGGUUGGGUCACAUCGUGCAACAUUGCUAAGUCUACUAUUGCACAUCCUGUGCAAUGAGCUAGCCGGCCAGCAGGUCCUUCUCGCGCGUCCCCAGAGAUCCCUUUUCGAAUCUCCGCUGAACCACGUGGAGCACCUACCUCCCUUGGGCUGGAAUAGUGUGGGCGGCGGAUUUGGAGCUGGCGAGUGGGCCUACAGUCCCGUUGGCCUAGGCCACAUGAGCAAAGAUGAACUGCUGACCCUACUAGAAGCCUGGAAGGAGGUGGAACAGGAAUCGGCUACGACGACCACAGCGCCGCCAGCGGAGACCACCACACGCAGAACACCUCCUUCGCCGCCGCCACCUCCUCCACCACGCCCCAUUCCCAUACCAAUUUCCAUUCCCAUGCCUGCUCCGGCUCUUCCAUCUUUUUCCCAAUCGCCUUCCGGAACCCCCAUUACCGUCCAGCUCCCAGCUUUUGUGCCUGUACGCCUGGCUGCCGUGUUUACUCCGCCUUCCGGUGGAGCUGAUGCGGAAGGAGCUGAUGAUGGUGCUCCGCCUGCUCCCGAAAGCGGAGAUGCUGGAGGAGAUGACAUGGUCUCCGAUGACGUGCCAGAUGACGAUGCCACUCCUCGUCUGUUUCGUUUUAUGCCCAUGCCAGUGGUUCGAGCCAGAGCCCACUCCCAUUCACAGCCCAGGCAGCAGUUCGUGGUGAGGAACACCCUGGACAGCGUAGAUGCGGGCACUGCUCCGGUCAGACAACAGGUUAAGCCGGAAGUCAAGCCCAAAGCGAGUGCUUAUGCAGCUCCUCUGUCCAUUCCCAAAGUUCCUAGCCACCCAGCUCCCAUUUUCCGAUCCAGAUUUGGCAUGCCUCCGCAUCUGGCCAAUGCACGCUUCGAACUGGUGCCCUCCUCACAAGUCAUCGGCGACUGGCGGGAGUGAUCCUGUACCUCAACUACAUGAUUCCAUUACCAAAAGAGAAGAGUUCCCACCAAGGAACCAAGCAACUUCCGAAGGAGGCUUUCAUGCUGGAUUAUCCCCACUGCCUUUUAUACUUUAUUGUAACAUAUUUUUUGUUUGUCCAAAAUACAAUAUGCAAUUAGUCAUAGGUUAACAACUUACCUUCUUAUUAAUGUUAAUGUUUUUUAAUUUAGGCGA